UCCACUUUGUUGAAACUGGCCUCGAGUUCAAAUCUCACAAAAUAUAUUUUUGAAAAAAAAAUUAAAAUUAAAAACGGCUGGUUGAUGUAUGAGGUCAAGUUGGGAAUUUCACAACUAUCGGACUCGGAUCCGAAUCAAAAGCGGUAUCCAAAACCAACCGAUCCAGAGCCAGAACUGAUAUCUGAUAGACUCGUGAGAAGUAUGAACUGCAUUUGCCCAGAAGCAAAAGACGAAGCGGUUAUCGAUUGAUUGAAAAAUAUGACCACAAACAGCAGAGAAGCCCGACGGAGGAAGAUCAUGGAGCGAGGGGCCGACCGCCUUGCCCUAAUCACGGGUCGGAUCCAAACCCUGCCCUCUUCUUCUUCUUGUUCAGCACCGCCACACCCAGCAACUCACAGUGAAGAUACAGACCCGCCAUCCCAGCGGUCGAUUCCCCCUGAUCAGAUUCCCAAAACCCACGUCCUUGAUCAUAUCCCAGUUUUCACUCCUGAGAUUGAGGAAAAGCGGUCAUCAUCAUCAACGGUUCAGAAUGAAUCACCGACGUCCCAGACCAAAACCCCCGUCCCUGAUCAAAUCCCAGUUUUCACUCCUGAGAUUGAGGAAAUACGGUCAUCAUCAUCAACGGUUCAGGAUGAAUCACCACCAUCAACGGUUCAGAAUGAAUUACCACCAUCAUCAUUGUCGUUUGAGAAACCUAGACUUUUCACUGCAAGUAGAAUUAGUAGCGCCAUUGAAGCAUCAGAAAGGACCCGAAUUUACAUUUCAAUGGCGGUUGCACUCCUCGUGGUUUUUGCCCAUUUUGGUUUUCCUUUACUUGGAAGUAAAAUGGUUAAAACCCUUCUGGGUUUUAGGCCUGUGUACCUGGUCUUGGUAACCAAUGUCACACUUGUGCUGGCACGAAUUUUCGACAGCGGUCCACAAAGACUCUCCAGAGUGCUUGCCGGAUUCGGUGAUUGUCAAAAUCUUAGUGGCACCGAGUAUGAGUGGGCUGAGCGGUUAGGCAUGGCUUUGGGGAUAGGCUUGAAGGGGAAGAAGGUACUUGAUGCUCUGUUUAUGGAUUGUGCUGUGUAUGCAAUAAUUGUUGUAUGUGGCCUCUCUUUUGCACAGCAUUUCAGCUAGGAUUAGGAUUUGUAUGUUUUUCUUUGGAAAUUUAAUUAUAUCAGUCAAAUUUAUCAACGUUGCUUUCGAAGUUGCGAUAUUUUUAUUGUCGUGUUAUUUUGUAUAGGUUCUAACUUAUCAUUUUGUAUAUUCUGCUCAGAAACGAGCAGCUCUAGCAUGGAAAAUGUCUUUUACGAAUGGUUUUAAAUCGUCGCAUGCUACAAAUUCCAUAACCACGUUGUUAACCUCGAUUGAACUGCAACCCGGGGUUCUCUUCGUGCGCUUGCUUCUUAUGAGUUUCCUCAUCCUCGACACAUCCUCCCACUUCCCCAGGUCUGCAUGGAUAUUGGAAAUUAACACAUAGUUCCCUGCAUCCUCUGGUUCAAGCUCCGAAAGGCGCUCCCUCGCGGUAAUGGCAAUCUCGAGAUUGCAGUGAGCCGUGUAGGAACUUAACAACGAACCCAAACUUUUGAGCCCGGAUUCAUCGGCAUCUUCUUUUUUCUGUGAAGAGCCUGAUUAAGGUGUCCGGCACGUCCCAGAAGAUCAACUAAACAACCAUAAUGCUCGAUUUCCGGCUCUAUUUUAUGAUCUUCUCCCAUAGAAUCAAAAUAUUUGACUCCGUCAUUCCAUAAACCAGCAUGUGCGCAGGCUGAUAAAAGACCUAGAAAUGUAAUGCAUUAGGUUCAACCCUUGCUCUUUGCAUCUCUUGAACACAGUUCAACCGCUUUGCGAGCUUUCCCGUUAUUCGCCAGCCCUGCAGUCAAACAACUGCCAAACCUGGUCCAUGCAGCCACAUUUCCCAUACAUUUCAAUCAGGGCAUUGCAAACACAAACCCCGACUGCAAUGGCCACUUCUUAUCCGAGUAAAUGUGAAUCCAUUUCCCAACCUCCAAAGCUCCAAGCUGCGCGCAUGCCGGCCAAACGGAAAGAAUACUGAUCUCAUCCGGUUUCAAUACCCAGUAUUUCCAUUCGCCGGAAAAUAUCCAAAGCAUCCAGGUAGCACCCGAUUCUCGUAUGCCCUGAAACCAUCUGUCCAAGACACAAUAGUCUUGUUAGGAAUUUCUUCAAACAGAGCUCUUGCCCUUGUCAUCUGCCCCAAUCUAACAUACCCAGAAAGGAGACUAUUCCAAGAAAUCACAUCCCGUUCAGACAUUCUAUCAACACCUUAUGUGCAUCUUCUAAAUUAUCACUUCGUAUACAAACCCAUCAACGCGUCUCUAUCAGCAAAUGAGACUUCGGCCAAAAUUCACACUUGGGCAUGAACCAGCCUCCCCAAAACUUCAUAUAAAAUCGCGGCACAAGAUUUUAUCACAAACGAGAACGUGAAUUUGUCAGGAAAAAUUGGUUCUCUGCUUCUCUGAGCGUUUGCUUAUACAAAUUGAUUGCUAAAUCAUAUAUGUGAUUAUGCGUAUAAGCUCUGAUCCCGUUGAACAGAACCACGUUCGGCUCCGUAACUUGCUUGAAUAACGAACCAGCGUAGCGCAAAUCCCCAAUGCAGUCACACACGUCCAGCAUUUUGGUAACCAGGAAAUUGCUCUGUGAUAACGAGAGCUUCACAAUCUGAGCGUGGAUGCUCUGCAACCCUUUUAUGCUUUUGCAAUUUAAUAACUUGGGUACGAAGGAAUUUUCCAAUUCUCUGACAGACAAGGCGCUGAUUCUCGUCGGGGACUUUGCGGAACGGGGUUGCUCGGAAGGAUGAAUGAGAGGCAGAGGUUGGCGAAUCUCCUUCGAAACUGUUCGAGGAAUUUGCUACUUCAUCAGGGAAUGCAGGCUCAUGGGAUGGUGAUGAGAAUGGGAUUUGGGUUUGAUUUGAUGUUAAACAAUGAUCUUAUAGAUAUGUAUGGCAAAUGUGGUAGAAUGGGGAUUGCCUAUGAACUGUUUGAUAGAAUGCGUGAGAGAAAUGUGGUUUCGUGGACGGCUUUAAUGUGUGGCUACUUACAGAAUGGCAAUGCCAGAGGGUCACUGUCUCAUUUUAGCAAAAUGGGGUUUUCAGGGAUUAAACCGAACGAGUUCACUUUUUCGAUCAAUCUCAAGGCGUCUGGAUUUGUGGGAAUUGCUGAGAAUGGAAUGCAGAUUCACAAUAUGUGCAUCAAAUCUGGUUUUGAAUGGGUGACAGUGGUGAGCAAUUCUAUCCUCGACAUGUAUGCGAAAUGUGGAAAAUUUCGCGAAGCAGCACGGAUGUUUGAUGUGAUGCCAGUUAAGAAUCUUAUCAGUUGGAACGCGAUGAUAGCCGGAUUCACACUUGAAGGAAAUGGGGAGAGAGCUUUGGUUUUGUUUAGGAAAAUGCAAGGGCUUGGGGAAGUGCCCGAUGAGUAUACGAUUACAAGCACGCUCAAGGCUUGUAGUGGCCUCGGAGCAAUUCGGCAAGGAAGCCAAAUACAUUCCUCCUUAAUCACAAGAGGAUUCCUGUGUUCAGUUCGGACUACUGUUGCCGGUGCUCUUGUUGAUCUGUAUGUCAAAUGCGGGCACUUAACUGAAGCUCAGAGAGUAUUCGAUCAAAUCGAACAGAAAAAUUUAGUGUCCUGGAGUUCCCUGAUUCUUGGUUAUGCUCAAGAACGCAAUCUACUACAAGCUAUGGACUUGUUUAGGCAGCUCAGGGUUAGUGUCGACCAUCAAGUGGACGGGUUUGUUCUAUCAAGCCUUAUGGGUGUAUUUGCUGAUUUUGCUCUUAUAGAACAAGGUAAGCAAAUGCAUGCUUUCACCAUUAAAAUCCCCUCUGGUUUAGACAUAUCAGUGACUAAUUCAAUUCUGGAUAUGUAUCUCAAGUGUGGAUUGACAAACGAGGCAGAAAGACUGUUUAAUGAAACUCCAGCAAGGAAUGUAAUUUCUUGGACGAUUAUGAUCACUGGCUACGGAAAACAUGGUCUUGGAAAGAAAUCUGUUUAUCUUUUCGACCAGAUGCUAUCGGAUGACAUUGAACCCGAUGGAGUGACUUACUUAGCCGCGCUCUCAGCCUGUAGCCAUUCUGGACUAGUCGAAGAAUGCCAAGAAUACUUCUCAAGAUUGUGCUGCGACAACCGGAUUAAACCAAACGUAGAGCAUUAUGCUUGCAUGGUUGAUCUCCUUGGAAGAGCCGGACGUGUAAAAGAAGCUAAGAAUCUCAUCGACACCAUGCCUUUAAAACCAAACGUUGGAAUACAGCAAACUCUGCUUAGUGCUUGUAGAGUACAUGGGGAAUUGGAAAUAGGUAGAGAAGUAGGAGAGACACUCCUGAGAAUGGACGGCAAUAACCCUGUCAACUAUGUGAUGCUGUCAAACAUCUACGCUGAUGCCGGGUACUGGAAAGAGUGCGAGAGAAUAAGAAAACUGUUUAAGAUGAAAGGGUUAAGGAAAGAGGCUGGACGUAGUUGGGUGGAGAUCGAUAAGGAGGUCUACUUCUACAACGGAGAUGAGAUGCAUCCGCUUACAGAAAAGAUUCAUCAAGUAUUGAAGGAGAUGGAGAACAGAAUAAAAUCGGAGCUGGGUUAUGUUCACGGGGUGAGGUUUGCGCUGCACGAUGUGGAAGAGGAGUCGAAGGAGGAGAGCUUGAGAUUUCACAGUGAGAAGUUGGCAAUCGGGCUGGCGUUGGUGCGUGGUGAGACUGAGAAGGGGAACAAGACGAUUAGGAUUUUCAAGAACUUGAGAGUGUGUGGGGAUUGCCAUGCAUUUAUCAAAGGCUUGUCGAAGGUUUUGAAGGUGGUGUUUCUGGUGAGAGAUGCAAAUAGGUUUCACAAGUUUGAGGACGGCUCGUGUUCUUGUGGAGAUUAUUGGUGAUCUCUCUCUCUCUCUCUCUCUCUAAAACUAUAUAAGCCGUGCAUGGCAGCCAGCCAGAAUCCGGUGGAGGCAGAGUUUCUUGUGAGAACAUUUUCCGGUGAGUAGUUUCACUCUCCAUUUUGCUGAGCACCAAAACUUUCCAGUUACGCAAGUCUCAUACGCACAUAUAUGAUAUAUAGCAAAAGAGAGAUCAGUAGAGCAGUCAGCUUGAGGUCAACGGCUGCUUAUGACCCCACAACUACCUGACUCCAUGUAUAUUUGUUGGUAUAUUUACCUAUGAUCCCAACUAAAAAGAGAGUGAACAACGUUGAAUUACAGCCUAGCAUUACUUCUUUCUUCUCCAAGUUUCUUCUUUCUUUCCCGUGUCUUCCUUCUCCUUUUUUUGUGUGCAACCCAGUUGUGCACACCACAUGAUGUUGUAAUGCUCGCUCAGAAAGUCUUGGCAGGCAGGUCUUGACAGUUUGCUAGCCUAGGCGCGGCUUGGCAGAUGUAGAUGUUAGAAGAAUAAGCAACUAUCGAUAGAUGUCAUCACAAGCUUUCAGCGAAUGUUAGUAAAUUUUGAUAGGUGCCCGCCAAAGGCUUGAUGGAAUGGUGCAAUGAACCUUUUUUCUUUUUUUUUAUAGAAAUCAUGACCCUACUAUUUGUAAAAUUCUGGUUCCGCCAAUGAGAGAGAAUUUUUCCGAAUCA